AGUCCGGCAUGGAGAAAGAUAGAAAGAAGAAACGCAUCAUAAUCUACAGUGGGAAAAGUCCUGGACCAACAAACUUCUAUGAUCCCUUGGACAAUAGGUUUCUUGAUCGGAAGAUAACGUCAGAGCUAAUCACCAGCGGAGUUGCUGAAAUAGAAAUUAAUGACAUUCCUUACGUCAUCUUGCUGCAUGUUUCAUCAGGACGCUUCUUUGAUACAACAAAGUCUACGUGUAUCAGCGAGACUGAGGCUAAGAGACUUACUGAUAGUGGUGUCGCAACUCUGAAAAUUGUUUUGACUGAUCACAGCUUCGUAUCUGAACCGGCAGAUGAAACACCCAAUCCUAAAUCUAUCUCUCUAACUGACGAUAUUGAGCAAAUUGAUCGUGAGAAUAAGAAAGAAAAACGUAAAGAGAAAUUACUGCUUGGAGCAACAGCAGCCGGCGGAACAACUGCAGUGGCAGCAGGAGCAGCAUCAGUCCCCUUUGCAAUGGGAUUCACAUCAGCUGGUGUGGCUGCCGGCUCAGCAGCCGCUGCCAUACAAUCUGGUAUUGGCAGCGUGGCUGCUGGAUCUGGGUUUGCUAUCAUGCAGAGCAUUGCAGCCACCACGUUAAUAGGAACUGCACUUCCAGUAGUGAUAGCUGUUGGGGCUGUAGCAGGGACGGUAACAUCCGGUGUUCUGUUGCACAAGCACCUGAAGAAGAAGAAAGAGAAGAGAGAGAGUUUAAUAGUUAGUAAAGAAGCUGAGGCUUUAAUGUCAGAGAAGAGAUUGUUAGAGGAAUAUGAAGAUCAACUAGAUGUAGAUGACGACGAUGAACGUGUAAAUGUUAACGGGAACAAUAAGGGUCUUGGGGGGAAUCAGCCCCCUGAAUAUGAAGACCCCCCUCCCUACACCCCCUGAAUAUGAAGACCCCCCUCCCUACACCCCCUGAAUAUGAAGACCCCCCUCCCUACACCCCCUGAAUAUGAAGACCCCCCUCCCUACACCCCCUGAAUAUGAAGACUCCCCUCCCUACACCCCCUGAAUAUGAAGACCCCCUCCCUACACCCCCUGAAUAUGAAGACCCCCCUCCAUACACCCUCUGAAUAUGAAGACCCCCUCCCUACACCCCCUGAAUAUGAAGACCCCCCUCCCUACACCCCCUGAAUAUGAAGACCCCCUUCCCUACACCCCCUGAAUAUGAAGACCCCCCUCCCUACACCCCCUGAAUAUGAAGACCCCCCUCCCUACACCCCCUGAAUAUGAAGACCCCCCUCCCUACACCCCCUGAAUAUGAAGACCCCCUUCCCACACUCCCUGACUGAGAACCCUGUACACACCUUGGCUAACCUUUCAAUCAAUGUUUAAUGGAUUCUGGACUAUGGAUAGCUAGAUAAGUGUUGUGUUUACAAUUCUGAAGACUUAGUGCAUGACCCAUCUUAUGGUUGUUUAUUUUUAUAAUUGUUAGAAAUGUAAUGAUGUGUAGUAUUGUAUCAAUAUGCUAACUAAUCAUGGUUUCAAUUUUGAGUAAGUAGGUCAAGCUUAAAAAAGAGUUGCUUGAAAAGGCAGCAAAAUUAGAAAAGGCAGCAAAAUGAAGCAUAAGUCUACGAGCUUAGCAUAUAUUUUCGAUUACUGAUUCAAUUCAUAUUUAUAAGUUUUAAUGGUACAUUUUAAUUUAAUAUAAAAUGAUUUUAAAUGAUUUUAAUAUUCGAUUUUAUGUAUGUUCAACAUUUUCUAAAGCUUAUUUGAAAAAUUACGGCUCGAUUAUUAAAUCGUUGUUUUAAAAUUUAGUUUUCCGUUGCAAUGAUUGUUAAUGCUCCUGUAUGCAACAAGAACAUUGAUGGGGAUAUUGAUUGUUUCUUAGCUAUUCGAAGUCUGCGAAGUCAUUGAUAAAAAUGUUAAUUUCUUAGUACUGUUUCG